UGAUCAGAAAGACAAAAGGGAACUCAGAAUCCCCAGCACGCAGCCUUUCAGGGGAAGAAGGCAGCGCAAAGGGAGAAGGAGCUCAAGAGAAAACGGAACCGCGCUCCGCAGCAGACUGAGGAUGGGGACGGAGGGGACGCGCGGGAAGGGCACUGUGCCCCUACGCCGACAGGCCCUGCUGAGCGCUUGACUCAGUGUGAUCGACUUCUGGGACACUCUGGGCCCCAGACAGGGAAGCUGGCACUUGCAGACUCUUGAGUGCUGUCUUUGGCCGACAGGAAGGUACGGGACUGAGAACAGGCACAUAACAGUCAUCUGUCCUUCUCUGAAGUAGAAGCCACAUGUCACCCGUUAAAACCCUACAACUCCUGUGCAGUUAUGGAGACACGGUAAACUGCAAUCAACCACGCAAAUAUGACUCCCUAAAAGAUCUAGCUUAUUUUCUGCUGAUGCUUUUAAGAAUUUUUUUAAGAAUUGCAGAAUGUUUAAGAAUUUUUUCUUAGCUGAUUUUUGAAGGAUUCUAAAAAGUUCCUAUAUUUAUAAGACACCUAGAGAACAAGUUACAUAUAGCACAUUUUACACACACCAUAAUUCCUAAUUCUGGAUAUUCUUAACACCCACCCUCUGCCUGGCCCCCUUAUCGACAGCAGACGGCCUGGGUGGCUUCCUGAACCUGUGGACCAUGCUGCCCAGGGCAGUGGCCACUGGACAAAGGUGGCCAGUGUGCCCCGAGAAGUGCUGAGUGUGGCGAAAACACGCAUUCCAAAGACCAGGUACCGAAAAGGAAUGUAAAAUGUCUCAACGGCUUUUCUCAUGCAUUAUGUGGUGAAUAACAAUUUUUUGGAUGCUGGGACAGAAAAAAAUGUCCCAUUCAAGUUCAUUUCAUCUGCAUCGUUUUAAAGCCGCUCCUAGAAAACUUGAUGUGGUCCUGUGUGUUAGUGCUGCCCUAGUCUAAAGGACAAACUCCAUGUGUUUUGAAGAGGCUGGGCCCACCUCCCACCUCUUGAGCUCCUAAUUUCAGCUAUGUACAAAGUGGAUAAUCUUCGCUCUCGGGAGCUGAGAUACUGUUUAAUACUUAUCAUCUUUCUCCUUCCUUCGAAAUCUUGCUCUGGUCAAUAAGUCGCCUCGGUUCCCUUCUGUCCUUCUCUCCUUCACCUUGGAGAGCCGAAAUGAUUACCUAGACCACAGCCCUCUGUUACCUUAUGUCAACAGAAACAGAAACUCGAAUUGUCUUUCCUGUUUGAAGGGAUUACACACAGCACCAUACGUUUCAAAAACACUGAAAAGUUCUUAUCGACAUUUCUGCAAAAAUCUCCCUCUACUUCCUCAUUCCCCUCUGAUUAAACAAGUUUCUCCUGUAAUAGUAAAAAUUUCCCCAUGAAACUAUUUGUUCUUAAUUUCACUUCCCUGAGAAAGGAGAAUCAAGUCUAGAGUAUCAGGCAUAGACUAUCAAGCACCUGGGCUACAGCGACAAAGAACUUUAGGAGAAAUGUUUUCAAAAGUCCAAAAAGCACACCAACUGCAAAAUAAUUCAUUAUAAACUGACUGCAUGUUGUUAAGCCAAUAACAGAUAUAAGGAAAGGGUGGUUAAGAAUUAAGAGCAGGCAUUACUGGGUAGGUUAAAUGAGGUAAACUAGCACAUUCUGCAAUGUUCCGUUUCAUACAUUUUAUUAAAAUUCAAAACAAGCAACGGUGAAUUUCUAACCAAGUUCUGCAAGACUCUACCACCUCGAAGAGCCAGGGCAGGAAAGGAAAAACAGGGCAGGAAACGGGGGUGGGAGCAGAGCUAGGUCUUAUCUUCCCAAAUGCUACUAAUUCUUGGUUUUCUAACCAAUUCAGAGGAGUGGGUAACAGUGCCAAGGUGAUACACCAUGACACUUGCCUCAGCUAGCAAAGAGGAGGCCCUGGUUUGUAACGACCCCUGCAGGUACUGCCACCUAAGCCACAUCCAUCACUUCGGGGGAUGGCUUUGUGUGGAACCCAGAGUCCAGAGUGAGCAUCUAGGUCACCGAGAAGUUUAAUAAGUUUAAUUUUAAAGAGACAUCUCGGCUUGAAUUAAAAUUCAUGAGACUCCCACGACAGCAUCUCCGGGUCUUUCAUUAGAGGGUAAGGAAUUUAUUUCAUGAUUUAACUUCCUGACCACCUGAGCCAGAAAAUUCUUGUCUACAAACUAUACUUAUGAACCCUGGAAGCUGUUUGAACGUGGAGUCACGUCAGAUGUAGUGGCUGCGUAGAGCAUUCUGUCCACUUAUUGACCUCUGUGGGGAAUUUCUGCCCCCUCUGCAUUCAUACAUUUAUCUAUCUCUCUGGGUCCAUAAAGACUUUUGUGUGUGUGCCUUUUAAACAAUCUAGCAAUACGGUCAGUGGAGGACAAGGUCGCACAUGGAUCUGGAAUCAUUUCUCAGUGUUGCUCCUUCUUAGCUGUGUGACCUCAGGCAAGCAACUUUACCUCCUUGAGUUGCAGUGUCUUUGUUUUUAACUAGUGGAUGCAGGAUUUUACCACAGGAAGCGAUAAUGUGCACGCCACCUCCGGUCAGCAGUCCACGGAAAGUAUGUGGACAUUUUGAAAGUCCUAGGAAGCCUCCUGGAGACCAUGAGGCCAGGCUCUGGGUAGCACUCAGGGUAGGUCUCUCUGGAGCUUCAAACUGGGCGUUUUAUUCCUUGGUUUGUACUUGACUUCGGUUUACCUGGUGAAGUUGGGGCCCACCCCAAACGCCCAAGGGACUGUUCAGUGCACACACAAGGACCGACAGUCCAUCGGACCGCAGGGCACAGCGCGCUGCCCAAACUUUCGGUCACUUGGGCUAAAACGCAGACUCUGCUAGGGCAGGGGUGGACUCGGGCCCCGGUUCUGCGCUGCCAGGUUGCUCCCAAGGGACGCCUGGCAAGUGAUGCGGGUCUCUGACCAGCCACGCCGCUCGGCAGGGCCGCCCCACCUCCACGCCACACGCGUUAGGGGCUGGGAAAUGUGUGGGGCUGUGGGGCGGUCCUGUGCUUUGCGGAAGGUUCCACAGUGGCCCUGCCUUCCAUUCCCUAGAUGUCAAUACCCUGCCCCCCAACGAGGACGGUCCAAAUGCCUCCAGACGUUGCCAGAUGUCCCCAAACCGGCGGGUUGAGGACCACAGCGCUGCACGAUGCUCCAAGCAAGGAAGAUGAAGAUCCUUUUGCCUCUGCUGUUCUUCCUGGGGGAGGCCCGCAGCCGUGCAGCGUCAAGGCCCAACUUCGUCCUGCUGAUGGCCGACGACCUUGGCAUCGGAGAUCCUGGCUGCUAUGGAAACAAGACCCUCAGGACGCCCAACAUUGACGCCUUGGCCCACGCGGGCGUGAAACUCACGCAGCACCUGGCAGCGUCGCCCCUGUGCACGCCGAGCAGGGCGGCCUUCAUGACGGGCCGCUACCCCAUCCGCUCAGGAAUGGCGUCACAGUCUCGCGUGGGAGUGUUCAUCUUCUCGGCUUCUUCUGGAGGACUUCCCACCAGUGAGACCACGUUCGCCAAGCUUCUGAAGAAGCAAGGCUACUCGACGGCUCUCAUAGGGAAGUGGCACCUCGGGAUGCACUGUGACAACAAAAGAGACUUCUGUCACCACCCGCUGAGCCACGGCUUCGAUUACUUCCACGGGCUCCCUCUGACCAACCUGAGAGACUGCAAGGCCGGAGCGGGCAGCGUCUUCACCUCGGCCAUCAGGCUGCUGGUGCUCGUGCCUCUGCAGGUCACGGCCGUGUCCCUUGUCACGCUCGCGGCGCUCAAGUGCCUGGGGCUGCUGCAGGUGCCGCGCCUCGUCUUCCUGUGCCUGCUCCUCCUGGCCGCCGCCAUCCUCGGCGUCCUGCUCGGCUUCCUGCAUUACUUCCGGCCCCUGAACUGCUUUGUCAUGACGAACCACAACGUCACGCAGCAGCCCAUGUCCUACGACAACCUGACGCAGAGGCUGACGGCGGACGCGGCCCGCUUCAUCCGACGGAAUGCAGAGACACCGUUCCUGCUGGUCCUGUCAUACCUUCAAGUGCACACGGCCCUCUUCUCCUCCAAGGACUUUGCCAAGAAAAGCAAACACCACGCGUACGGGGACGCUGUGGAAGAGAUGGACUGGAGUGUCGGGCAGAUCAUGAGCGUUCUAGAGGAGUUAGGACUGGCCAACAACACCCUCGUCUACUUCACUUCGGACCAAGGGGCGCACGUGGAGGAGGUGACGGCCACAGGAGAAAUUCACGGAGGAAGUAACGGGAUCUAUAAAGUUUCGCCGUCCCAGAGCUUUGAGGAUGAGACGAGCGGGCAGCGCCUCCGGCUCCGUAGUAAAGGGUUCCGUUCAUGUCACUGUUUACACGAGAACGCUCCCGGCUCGUCCCUCGUGUGCACGCCCCGUGGCACCUCCGCAGUGCGCACGGCCAGCACGGGUUCGGCGAAGGACAUGGCGUGUUCGACCACACGAAACCACUGCUACCUAGAUACCUACCGGAUAGAUGACGUAUCCAGCCGGGUCCUAGGGAUGCCCUCAUCCUUCAUCCGACACGAUUUCCCGGAGGCGCCAGGAAAAGGCGGAUGGCUUGCUGGCUUAGAGCCGAGAGAGAACGAGCAUAUUCGAGAGGUCACGGCCACCCAAGGGGAGUCCCCAAAACAUCCUUUUCGAUGCCGUGAAGUCCUCCCCAGGAUCAUCGAUGGACGAGACCUCAUGCCCCUGCUUCGAGGGACGAGCCAGCGCUCGGAUCACGAGUUUCUCUUCCAUUACUGCAACUUCUACCUGAAUGCCGUGCGCUGGGCCCCACGGAACAGCACGUCCGUCUGGAAAGCCUUCUUCUUCACGCCCAAGUUCAGCCCCGAGGGCGCCAAUGGAUGCUUUCCCACGCAAGUGUGUCUCUGUUACGGGCACUUCGUCACCCGCCAUCACCCGCCACUCCUCUUCGACCUUUCCAAAGACCCCAGGGAGAGAAACCCAGUAACCCCGACAAGCGAGCCUCGGUUCCGGGAGAUCGUGGCCACCAUGGAGGAGGCCGCCACCCGCCACACCCAGACGGUGCGGGACGUCCCCGACCAGUUUUCUCUCGGGAACAUUCUCUGGAAGCCGUGGCUUCAGAUGUGCUGCCCGUCAUCCUCCGGCCUGUCUUGCCAGUGUGACCGAGAGAAACAGGACAGACAAGUGAGCCGUUAGCCGUGGUGCGUCUGGGGACGUGUGGCCCCCACGCCACCUCCUUCGUGACAAACACACGCGAAGAGUGGCACGGGGCGAAGCCAGCACCUCGGAUCAGAUUCUCUCUCUACCUUUUCACCUGAAGGCGCCAUCGAGAGCUUUGCAGAAAUUAGAGGGACAAAUGUGAGUCGUGUGCCUUACGUGGCCGAACUUCUUGCACUGUGGAAACACAUAGGGGGGUUUCACAGAGAGCGUCACCUCGAGAGCAGACGGGUGAUAGGGCAGGGCCAGAGGUCACCUGCUCACCCCUCAGCGAACGCGUGUGAUCCACGGGACACGGUGUCAUUUACGCCACAAUCUGACACAUCGCUGUGACUCCGUCAAUGCCACUAAAAGGGAGAAUAAAGCGUAAGAGACGUUUAGCAAAUCUUAACAUAUACAGCUUUAUAACGAAUAAAGGACCAUCUUCUUUACCGAUAACAGAUGAUAACUUCCAAUUUAGUAAUUGGAAGGCAGUUAUUAUCAGUAUUAUUUAGAACACAUAUGAAAUAUUAUUCAGAAGAUAUAUGCUCAUCUAUAUACGCAGUUUAUUUCUUUCAAGAAGGUUAAAAUAUUUAAACUAUAGAACUAGAAGGUUAUCAGUAUCUAACUAAAAUCGAUACAGUGUCACAGAUAAUGUACUUUUCACGUGUAUUUCUCCUUUCAGAAAUUGUUGCAAAUCUGUCACAUUGUUUUAGGAAAUACUCUUAUUAAAGAUUGCACUAACAUGUUAAUAGUCUGAGAGGAUUAUUGUUGAGAUUAUCAUGCAGAAACUAUUUAAAGCCACUAUUACGAACUUAUGUUUUACGAUGAUCGUGUUUACUCAAAGUUUAACGCCCUCGAUGCAAAUAGACUUUUAGAAACACUUAAUGAUGUGGAAUGUGUGUCGGAGGAUUAAAUAACUCGAAACUUGUUUACAGAUUAUGUGAAGGCAUAUUUAUGUGUAGAAUGAUUGUCUAACCCGCACAAACAAAAAAUGAAGGACUCACAUACCUCUAGAGGUGAAAUGAGCUUUGAAAAAGCAUGGGCCUCGAUGUAACUUAACUUAGAUCGCCAUUAUGUUUCGGGGCAUUUGAAAAUCAGGUUUCUUGGCAAUAACCAUUCACCAUCUGAAAGUGUCGCCUAGGAUGUACGACAGGAAAACAGAACCCUUUUGUCCAGGGGAGACCUGAUCGUCUCGAAGACCUGGCUUAUUAACACAGUUGUACCUGGCUCCCUGCUCUGAAAGCAUCGAUCGAUCGCUAUAUCCACUUGAACGACACAUCCUGACGUCAGUGGGUUCAGAAGCUUUUAUGUACAUUCUUUAAAAAACACACCCAGGAAAACAACAACAAUAGCAACAAAGAAACCCCUUUGUAUUCCUAGUAUUUCAAAGAUGUUACAAGCCAAACAAAGGGUAUCAUUUUACAAGGUCAGAAACACUGCGUGAAAAACAGUGUCAGCCCGCACAUCAGGGUACUUAAGGAUUCAGGGAAGGAAGGACACUUGAGAUGGCCCUUGCAGGGAGGCACAGGGAGCAGAGGGGGAAAGGCACGGGGGAAAUAUUUGGUCGGUGUUGGAAGGACUGUCGCCUGGAACAUGAGUGCAUCUGGUCGAGGGUUCUUAAAAGCUUGUUCGCAUGUUCUUGAGAAGUCAAAAUAAAAUUUUCCCUGGCGAUGAAGGAAAUCA